AUGUCAUUGACAGAUUCAAAACGUCUGGCGGCUUAUAAAGCUGUUGAUACCCAUUUAAAUUCUGCUACAAGAAUAAUUGGAAUUGGAUCAGGUUCAACCGUUGUUUUCGUUGUUGAACGUAUUGUACAAAGAGGAAAUGUUAAAAAGAAUAAGUUGGAUGGAAAAAACGAAAACUCAAACCAAGUUUUAGAGGAACUGGAUUUGGCUCAAUGUGUUUUUGUACCAACAAGUUUUCAAAGUAGACAAUUAAUUAUCGAUAAUGGAUUAAAUUUGGGAGAGAUUGACCAGUACCAAGAAAUUGACAUUACAAUUGAUGGCGCUGAUGAAGUCGAUGAAAAUCUAAAUGCAAUUAAAGGUGGUGGUGCUUGCCAUUUACGAGAAAAAGUUGUAGCAGAAAGUUCCAAAAAAUUUAUAAUUGCUGCGGAUUAUACUAAAAAGUCUACUGUUCUUGGCGAAAAGUGGAUCCAAGGCAUUCCAAUAGAAGUAAUCCCGUUCUGUUACUCCUUAGUCCUUAACUCUCUUAGGCUUCUAGGUUGUCAAAAUCUAAAUCUUCGUAUGGGAAAAAAUAAAGCAGGUCCUAUUAUUACAGAUAAUGGAAACUUUGUUAUAGAUGCAUAUUUUGGUAAAUUGGAUGGGCAACAAUUUCUUGGAAGUGAUAAAUUUAUGUUCAUUAAUUCACCUUCAGAGGUUUUAAAACGAAUUAAACUGUUAACUGGUGUUGUAGAAGUUGGAUUAUUUGUUGGGAUGGCAGAAAUUGCUUACUUUGGCGAAGAUGAUGGUCACAGCGUUAGUAUUUUGAAAAAAUGA